AUGGCGGUUGUUGCGCAAACCCCUGACAUCGCCGGUGAGCGACAGUCCGGCCAGGACGUUCGCACUCAAAAUGUGGUGGCGUGCCAAGCCGUUGCGAACAUCGUCAAAAGCUCCUUAGGUCCCGUUGGCCUUGACAAGAUGCUUGUCGACGACAUUGGCGAUGUCACAAUAACCAACGACGGUGCGACAAUUCUUAAGAUGUUGGAAGUGGAGCAUCCUUCUGCCAAGGUUUUGGUGGAACUUGCCGAGCUUCAAGACAGGGAAGUAGGAGAUGGUACUACCUCUGUUGUCAUUGUAGCUGCUGAGCUUCUCAAAAGGGCAAAUGAUCUUGUCAGGAAUAAGAUUCAUCCUACCUCGAUUAUCAGUGGAUAUAGACUUGCUAUGCGGGAGGCUUGUAAAUAUGUAGAAGAAAAACUAGCUGUCAAGGUUGAAAAGCUCGGAAAGGAUUCACUGAUUAACUGUGCCAAGACCAGUAUGUCCUCAAAGUUGAUUGCUGGUGAUAGUGACUUCUUUGCUAACUUGGUGGUCACCGGUGGGUUAAGGAAUGAAAUCUGUCUUGGUGUUCAUCACCUGGUUAAACAGCGAAUUCUUUUGAUUAAUUCAAAGAAUUACUGCAUGCAUUGGGCUCUCGUCGUAAGAAAGGAGUUCAAUCUGUCUUUUGAGCCUUCCCUUUUGAAAUCCAUUCUUGGUUUCAACUUGCUGAGUCUCGAAAUCAGUUCCGUGGGCGUUAACAAGCUAAUUGGAGUUGAUUUGCAUCCUUGUCUCGCUAAGCGAGAAGCUGUGAUCGAGGAAGUCCCGCCCAGUAGUGCCUCUACUCUACUAGUCCUAGUACUAGAUAGACAGGCCGAUCACCAGUGGCAUAAGAUCCUUCUCUGCUUGUCGAACUCAAGCCAGAUAGCAGCAAUCACUCAAAAUAGUCAUAUGCGAAACAUAGGCAAGUCCAGAUUGAAAGAUAAGAGAGCCAAGUCUAUCUCUUUAGACCAAAGUCAAUUAUGGGGGAUGGCCACUGCUCAAACUCUUCAAUAUGCGCUAGCUAGGCAAUCAUUUACUGGUCUGAAGGACUCAGGGUCUCCUCGAUGCCUUCUCGUAUAUGGUCGUUGUUCCUGGAUGGAGAUUGAAAAGGGGCAACAUGCUUUCGUAGUCAAGGAAAGAGCAGCUCUUAUAACGAGGGAGAACUCUCAGGUGGAGGCAAGAAGAAAUAAGGAAAGAAUGCGAAGGCCGAUCCCUUCCAGUCAGCCUAAAAGUCAGUCCUUGCUUUCGACUCUGAAAUCGUAUCAGCUUCCCCAAGCAGUUAAGCCAGUUGUAGCUAGAGCGAUCGAUGGUUUCACAGCAGUUCCCGGUAGUAUACCAAGGGCACCAUCCCGCCUAACUGAGAAUGUAAAUCCUAGCUUAGCAAAGCGGGAUGGUGCCCUUGAGUCGAAAGCAAGGACUGACUGGAUGGGAUUGGCCCUAGUACCAAGAACUAUGAAAGGGGAACUACACCGUCCGCCCAUUAAUCCCUUCCCUCAUCCUUCACUUCCUUUCCUGAGUCAUCGUUUGCUAGUACUAGGCUGCUCCUUCGAAGCGAGGAAGGGUAGAUAUUCAGAGUGUUGCCUGAUCGUGGACGGGUUCAUCGAUGCUGGGAGCAAGACUGGUACAGAUCCACUUGAUAUCAAUGACUUGUCAUGUCUAAAUCACAUUAGUACAAAACUAUUAAAGAAUUUGAAAAAGAAAUAUGCUAUUUUAGAAAAAGAGAAUCGUGCUCUUUCUCUGAAAUUAGUUCAGCUGGAACAGGAAAGAGGUAGAAUAGCCCAGCAAAGAGUAGAAUCACAAAAGAAGACCCUUACAUUAGAAGAUAAGAAUACAUUAGAGCAAAAGAAUGCUAAUGCUAAAAGGGGUGAAGAGGAAAAGGGCGAAGAGAAUAUCAAUACGGUGAAAGAUCGAAGAUGGACUAUCUAUAAACAAGAUGGGGAUCCAUAUAUGAAUCCGCCGGAUACAAAGCCACCUGAUAAUGGAUGUGGAUAA